AUGGACUAUUGGACUGGUGUUUUUAAGAUCCCAUCGGCACCUACUAGCACAAGUUACUGCAGAGUUGCAGUAUCUCUCUGCCUUUCAACUGCUUCCAAAACCCUUGCUGUGCCUGCUGCAAAUGCAAUUUUUUUCAAUGGAGAUAGAGUUGAAGGGACCAAGGAUCCCGUGAUUGAGAGAUUGUCUGAUUUGCAAAAAAUAGCUGAAAUUUUGGUUUCUAAAUUUGGGGGUUGUGUUAAUGCUUAUGUUAUUGAGGCUCCUGUUUUCAAUGGGCCUUUUGCUGUUUAUAAAGAUUUUAUUCCAUCCGUGAAUCGUUAUGGGGAGCCAAAAUCAUAUAACCCGGUUGGAAUGCCGGCUUCCAACUCAACCGUCACGGUCUUAUUGAAUUGCCUGAAAGAGGCUAAGAAAGUGAUUUCAAGAAGAGAGCAAGAACCAUUGUGCAAUAAUGUAUCUGCCUCAUCUUUUAAUCGGCCGAAAACAUACAUCCUUGGAUUUAGCAAGGGUGGCACUGUGCUUAACCAGCUAGUGGCUGAGCUUGGUUCAUUAGAAGUACAAUCCCAUAUGAAACCACAGCCAGCUAGUGGAGAAUUUUCGAAUGUUCAAGAAGAGAUUCAAAUCAUACCGAUUGCUAAAGAAGGCCUUUUAAACAGCAUUUCAGAGAUCCAUUAUGUGGAUGUCGGUUUGAACUCUCCUGGUGCUUAUAUCACCAACCAUGAUGUGAUUGAGAGAAUAUCCAAACGUCUUAUGCAAGGUGCUCUGGGAAUUCGUUUUGUCCUCCACGGAACUCCUAGGCAAUGGUGUGAUAGCAACCGAGUUUUGAUACGUAAUGAAAAAGACAAACUGCUUCAUCUGCUUGUAUCUGAAGCUCGAACAAGUGGAGGGAAAUUGCAGGUGUGUGAGAAAUUUUACUUCGGUGAUAGGCCUCCUGAUCUGCAAAUGCACUUUGAAAUAAUUGAAAAUAUCGAUGUUUGUUGA